CUUGGUUUAAACACUUCACUCUGCUGAUCAGACCCAGGAAAAGCUUUGGAGGAGAACGGAUAAAUUGAGACAAGUAGAGAAAAGACAUGACUGACAGAUCAUCACCAGUAAGAGUCGGAAUUGUGGGAUUUGGACAUUUAGGCCAGUUCCUGCUGGAUCGCAUCCAAAAGGAAGGUCUUGAAUUUGGACUCAGUUUAGCUUUUGUUUGGAAUAGAAAUGUGGACAAACUCAGUGGCUCGGUCCCUAAAGAUCUCAUACUGGCCGAGCUUUCAGAGUUUACACACAAAAAUGCUGACGUGAUAGUGGAGGUCUGUCAUCCACAGAUAGUGAAAGAUUUUGGAGCGCGCUUCUUAUCAUGUGCACACUUCCUGGUGGGCAGUCCCUCGGCUCUGUCUGAUUCUCAGCUCAAUGGGGAGCUCCGACUUGCUGCGAAGCGGCAUGGACACACACUCUACGUUCCCAGCGGUGCAUUAUGGGGUGGGCAGGAUAUUCAGAGGUUAAACGACAGCGGAUUAUUAAAAGCCCUCACCAUCCGCAUGUCAAAACACCCAUCCUGCUUCCGGCUGGCCGGAAACCUGCUCUCUGAUUGGUCAGAAGGAGAAGGAAGGCGUGUGAUUUUUCAUGGCUCGGUAGCUGAACUCUGCCCUUUAGCCCCCAACAACGUGAACACCAUGGCUGCCGCCGCCAUCGCCGCAUCAACACUGGGUUUCUGCGGAGUCACCGGAGAGAUCGUGUCAGAUACAGCUCUGGCUGAUUAUCACCUCGUGGAGGUGGAGGUGACGGGGUCAGAUGGAUUCUCCGUCACAACAGUGAGGCGUAACCCGGCCAAGCUGGGAGCAGUUACCGGCAGCGCCACCUACAGUUCUUUCUGGAGCAGCUUACUGGUCUGCAAAGGUCAUGGAGGAAGAGUCUAUCUGUGCUGAAAAGGAAGAGGACUGCUCACAGAACAGAACAGCACACACACACACACAC